AUGACAUCCUCACCAGCCUCCUCCUCAACCAAACCGCCCAUUCUCCCACCGGAAGACCUCGCCAGCACGCUAUCCUCCAUCGAGCUGCUGUCCGCGAUGUGGUCGGGGACCGACGAGCUGCACCUUUCCCCCGCAGAUGAAGCAGGGAUCACCACUGUCGCAGAGUACCUCCAAUUACCGCUCGCCUCGUUGGGCGAUGCCAAGUCGGUUCAGCUCAAGGAGCGGGUGGGGGAGGAGGUGGUGUUGGGUCUGCGGGUGAGGGGGGACCCGGAUGCUGGGCAGGAGGUGUGGGUGAACGUUGGGUUGAAAUUGCGCGGGAGGAGAGGGGUGAGGAUGUGGGUGAGUGGCAAGGAUGCUCCGAGCUGGCUGGAUAGGGCGACGGUGGAGGAGAUCAAUGCGAUGCUGGAGAAGAGUCUGAAGGAGGAGAACGAGGAGGAUGUGGUGGGGCAGAUAUUGAGUGCUGUGGAGGAGGUGAGUGAGUUCUUGCUCACCCUACCCCCCACCACAAAAGCUAACAUGACGACAGGGAGGGAGGAUGUGAAGGAGGUGCAGUCGACACACGUCCAUCGUACGUGGUAUUACCUCCCCUCGCUCUCGACCCCUUCGAAACGAUCGGACAUCGUCCAUCUCGCCACCACCUCCAGUCCACCCCUCACGGGCUUCCUCCUGGCAGGCAAACCAGGUCUCAUCGUCCUCGAGCACCCCCUACCCACCCCAUCCCCCACCCCUGCCGACACAACCACCGCAGCCAACAACCUCUUCGCCUUCUGGUCCAACAUCAAAACCAUCUCCUGGUCCGACAUCCCCUCUAGCCACAAAAAGAUCUCGGACAAGCUCACCGAGACCUCGGUCCCGCGCGCGUUCGUAGGGUUCGACGAUGUCACCGACUGGCCCGAGACGCAACGUGGUAGCGAGAGGGGCAGGAAGAGCGACCUGAGUAAGAUGGUCAGGUGGUUGGAUGGGAAGGGUGUCCAGGGGAAAUGGGUGUUGGAGCGCGUGCUUGGGGUUGGUGGGUGGGAGUGA